CAUCUCAGGCUAUCAGCCCCAGAACGGAAGAUGGCGGCGGAAACGCUGCUGUCCAGUCUGUUGGCGCUGCUAUUUCUGGGGCUCCUGCUACCUGCAGGUCUGACUGGCGGUGUUGGGAGCCUGAACUUGGAGGAGCUGAGUGAGAUGCGUUAUGGGAUCCAGAUCCUGCCGUUGCCGGUCAUGGGAGGGCAGAGCCCAGCUUCAGACGUGGUGAUUGUCUCCUCUAAGUACAAACAGCGCUAUGAGUGCCGCCUGCCAGCUGGAGCUAUUCACUUCCAGCGUGAAAGGGAGGAGGAGGCACCUGCUUACCAAGGACCUGGAAUUCCUGAACUGUUGAGCCCAAUGAGAGAUGCUCCCUGCCUGCUGAAGACCAAGGACUGGUGGACAUAUGAAUUCUGUUAUGGACGCCACAUUCAGCAGUACCAUAUGGAAGAUUCAGAGAUCAAGGGUGAUGUCCUCUAUCUCGGCUACUACCAAUCAGCCUUCGACUGGGAUGAUGAAACAGCCAAGGCCUCCAAGCAGCAUCGCCUAAAACGCUACCACAGCCAGACCUAUGGCAAUGGGUCCAAGUGUGACCUCAAUGGGAGGCCCCGGGAGGCCGAAGUUCGGUUCCUCUGUGACGAGGGUGCAGGCAUUUCCGGGGACUACAUUGAUCGUGUAGAUGAGCCCUUGUCCUGCUCUUAUGUGCUGACCAUCCGGACUUCCCGGCUCUGUCCCCACCCUCUCCUCCGGCCCCCAGCCAGUGCUGCCCCACAGGCCAUUCUCUGUCACCCAAGCCUGCAGCCCGAUGAGUACCUGGCCUACCUUCAGAGGCAAGCGGAUUCAAAGCAGUUUGAAGAGAAAGUCACAGAGGAGGUUCAAGACCCAGACCACCAAAUGUGGAGUGAGACCAAGACUACUGUAGUACCCCCAAAGAAAGCAGACGUAAACAUAGCCAAGGAAGAUGAGGAAUCAGAGUUUUGGAAGAUGCUUCAUCAGCCAGAGAACCAGGCUGCAGGAGGAGAGGAGGCACAGGCAGGGGGACAGGACCUGAACCUUGAGGCUGCAGCAGACCCAGUUCCCAGCCCUCCUGAAGAUUUUCAGAACAAUGUGCAGGUCAAAGUCAUUCGGAGCCCUGCAGACUUGAUUCGAUUGAUAGAGGAGCUGAAAGGUGGGACACGAAAGGGGAAGCCAAGUACAGACCAAGAGCAGCCUGGAGACGAUGCCGAAGAGGCCCCUGAGAGGGAAGCCAAGGUGAAGGACAAGGAUGACGUACCGCAGAGUGUGGUGGAAGAAGAGGACAGUGAUGAGGAUGAGGACGAGGAUGAGGAUGAGCAGCAGUUACUGGGAGAAUUCGAGAAGGAGCUAGAAGGGAUGCUACUUCCCUCAGACCGAGAACAGUUCCGCUCAGAGGUGAAGGCUGGCAUGGAGCAGGAACUAGAGAGCAUCAUCCAGGAGACAGAGAAGGAGCUGGACCCAGAUGGGCUGAAGAAGGAAUCAGAGCGUGAGCAAGCAAUAUUGGCACUGACAUCCACUCUUGACAAACUCAUCAAGAAACUGCAGGAAAACCAGAGUCCAGAGCUGGCGCAGACAUACAGGAAAAGGACGGUUGUUCCCAAAAAGCCUCCUCCAUCACCUCACCCUACAGAGGAGGAUCCUGAGCACAGAGUCCGGGUCCGGGUCACCAAGCUCCGUCACGGAGGCCCCAAUCAGGAUCUGACUGUCCUCGAGAUGAAACGGGAAAACCCACAGCUGAAACAAAUCGAGGGGCUGGUGAAAGAAGUGCUGGAGAGGGAGGGACUCGCGGCCGAAGGCAAGAUUGAGAUCAAAAUUGUACGACCUGGGGCUGAUGGGAAUGAGGAGGACACACGUUGGCUGACUGAUGAGGACACAAAAAACCUCAAAGAGAUCUUUUUCAAUAUCUUGGUACAAGGAGCGGAAGAGGCCAAUAAAGAGCGACAACGGCAGAAAGAACUGGAGAGCAAUUACCGCCGUGUGUGGGGCUCUCCAGGUGGUGAGGGCACUGGGGACCUGGAUGAGUUUGACUUCUGAAACCAGCACUGCCUCCUUCCAAGGACUCCAACAUCUUCCUGACUGACUUGGCCUCCUCCUCACUUCUGACCCUGGGGCCCUAGAGGCAAAAGGGUAGAUUGGAGCUAAGCUCUGGACUUCAGGGACCCAACCCCGAGGGUGGGUGUGUGUGUGGCCAACCCAAGAGGGCUGUUGCAGCUCUGGAGAGCCCAUCCCCAGACCUCAGCCAGACCUGUGGUCUCUACUUUCCAGGGCCCUUCCUUUCCUCCUUGGCCUUUCCUGUUAUUGUUCCCCAAUUUGUGGACUCUUUCCCCAUCCUACCCAGAGACUUGGUAAGAUCUUGUGAAUGGGGCAUGGCAGGAACAGGGUGGUUCAGCGGACCCCCAAGAAAGCAGACUGCCUGCCCCUACCCUGUUGCUCUUGGGAGUCACCUGUCUCUUCCUUGGAUUUCCUUCUCCUUCCUGCUCCUACAGUCCCUUACGUCUAUGCUUCUGAGUCAGGAGCCUUUACCUCUGUCACUGAGGGAAUGGGAGACCAUUACCUAUCACCUCAGACACAAUCCCAGCAAAAAGGGUGGGAUGUAGAGCCACUCACCACGUUCUUCAGCAAUCAGGUUUCUAAAUAAAGAACUGGACCAUUCA